ACGCAGGCCCCACGCGUCAGGACCGUCUGCUGCUUCCAUUUAUGUAGUUUCGGUAGGAUGAACCAACGCCGCUCCAUUAAUAGCAAACAGGCGAGGGACAGAACUGCCAAUCCGGCAUCGCUUUGAGUAAAACGUGGGAGCUCCCCGAGAGGCUGCGGCGGAGGUCGGAGCGUGUGAGUGAACGAGUGAGCGAGCGAGUCUGUCUGUGAAAGCCGAGAACUCGGCAGUCAUGAAGGCGGACGGCAAAGCGGAGGGCAUCGAGAGGUUCAUCAGCCCGGGCAAAGGCAGGGGGCUGCGGGCGCUGAAGGAGUUUAAAGUUGGAGAUCUCGUCUUCAUGUGCCCGGCGUACACGUACGUGUUGACUGUCAACGAGCGGGGCAACCACUGCGAAUUCUGCUUCGCCAGAAAGGAGGGUCUUUCCAAGUGUGGCAAGUGCAAGCAGGCCUUCUACUGCAAUGUCAACUGCCAGCGAGGCGACUGGCCGAUGCACAAACUUGAAUGUUCAUCCAUGUGUGCUUUUGGGGAGAACUGGAAUCCAUCGGAGACCGUCCGGCUAACGGCCAGAAUCAUCGUCAAACAGAAAACGCAAACUGAGAAAACGGACUCGGAAAAGCUCUUAGCGGUGACCGAAUUUGAAUCACAUUUGGAUAAAUUGGACAACGAGAAGAAAGAUCUGAUCCAGAAUGACAUAGCUGCUCUCCAUCACUUUUAUUCCAAACACCUGGAGUACCCAGAUAAUGCAUCGCUGGUGACGCUCUUUGCACAGGUCAAUUGCAAUGGCUUUACAAUAGAAGAUGAAGAGCUGUCCCAUUUGGGCUCCGCCAUUUUCCCAGAUGUUGCCCUAAUGAACCACAGCUGCUGCCCCAAUGUGAUUGUCACUUAUAGAGGGACCCUUGCAGAGGUCAGAGCUGUCCAGCCAAUCAGCCCAGGAGACGAGAUAUUUACCAGCUAUAUUGACCUGCUGUAUCCCACCGAAGACCGAAAUGACAGGCUGAAAGAUUCCUACUUUUUUAGUUGUGAGUGUAAGGAGUGCACAACUAAAGAAAAGGAUAAGGCCAAACUGGAAAUUAGAAAAAUGAACGAACCACCCAAGCAAGAAGCUGUGAAGGAGAUGAUCAAAUAUGCCAGAAAUGUCAUUGAGGAAUUCCGAAGGGCCAAGCACUACAAAACUCCUAGUGAGCUUUUGGAAAUCUGCGAACUCAGCCUGGACAAGAUGGGCGCCGUAUUUGAGGACAGCAACGUCUAUAUGUUGCACAUGAUGUACCAAGCGAUGGGAGUCUGUCUGUACAUGCAGGACUGGGAAGGAGCGAUGCGAUACGGGGAGAAGAUCAUCAAACCUUACAGCAAGCAUUACCCAGCAUACUCUCUAAAUGUGGCCUCGAUGUGGCUGAAGUUAGGAAGACUCUAUAUCGGCCUGGAGAAGAAGUCUCUUGGAGUGAAGGCCUUAAAGAAGGCCAUAGCGAUUAUGGAGGUGGCUCAUGGGAAGGAUCACCACUACAUUGCAGAGGUCAAGAAGGAGCUGGAUGAACAUUAAAAAGCCGUGUGGAUUUCUUAUUUCUUUUUAGCCGCACACAUAACCUGGUCACUUAUUAACCUUUUCCUCAUCUGCACAACAAGAGAGUACGGGCCGAACACUUCUUUGUAACUUACGAUGGUUACGGUGUUUGCGUGAAAAUGAAUACGCAGUGGCCUUUAUUUCCUCCCACUGACUGUUUAUCCAUUUGACGUUUUGAAUAACCCGAUGCCAAUCGUUGCUGAUGGUUUAUAGAGACUUGCUUUGCAGAGUAUUUGGUACUGACCAGUUAUGGCACACAAAGGCCGCAAACGAAGUUGGAAGAAACCCACAAAUGAGUCUCUUUGCAUCGAGGUGGCAAUCAACCCACACUGGGCUUUUUUUUUUUGGGUCACAAAGAAUGUCAUGUGGAAGUGAAAACAAAAAAAUAUAGUUGGCUGUAAGAAAAUGUGGCCAUAAAUGUACACCCUCCUCUUUAUUUUAACGGACUGUGAGUCGGCCAUUUUUGUUUUGGUAAAGUUUACACGAGUGAAUCGGUAGAAUCGGCUUUGCUUGUUAUUGUAUGAUUUUAUGCAACGGUACAACUGACCAAAGCCACGUGUUUUAGAAAAUGAUGAAGCGAGUGAGAUAACCAUUACCAGCAGCAGCUUUACCACCUCUUGAAUGACCGCCUGGGCGUGAGGUGAAGGUUCCUCUCGUGUGGGUGUUUAUAGUGUAUUAGGUGCUGCGGUCCGAGUUGGAUGGUAAGCUAAUGGACCAUCUGAGGCCUUUUUAUCCAAUGUUGUUGUGUAUUGUCCUGUGUCACCAUUUUACUGAAUUAGACCCUCGUUCACAUGGCUGCACUGCUAGUACGCUUCGGGCCGCAUCGCGACACUGCCACUUUUCUAGCUGACAGCAGGGUAACAUUCUCUUAAGUUUAGGACUUUCUCAGUUUGCCUGUUUAGCUCUUUUUAUGUACUUUUUGGUUUCACCCCAAUGCACGCCAGAGGGCUUGUUGAAAUGAUUUGAUGCUGAAAUGUAGUGAAUGAUCCCACUUGGCUGUCUGCAUUUGUCCGCACACCGGGAUCCCAAGGAUACACAGGCAUGCCGUCGGAAGUUUUGCACGGACUCUUUGUUCCUUGUCCUUUUUUCUGUGUGUUUGUUUGUGAGCUCCACCACAUUAAAAUGCUGGAAUAAUGUAAGUGACUGGAUCAUUCUGCAGAAUAAAUCUUUCUGUGUGCCAUUUUGUUUUGAAAAUUGUAAUUUGUUAUCCCACUUUUAAUUUUUCAAAAUGAUUUUGUGUGCUAUGGUUAUGACUUGGUUGCUUUUUAAGAAAUAAAUUAUGUCCAUGUUG